AUGCCUGCAGCUAACUUUGAAGUUCCUCAAGUCGUUGGACCAUACAAGGUUACCAAGAUCAUUGGUCGUGGAGCCUUCGCAGUUGUUGCUUUAGGCAUCAAUGAGAAGACAGAAGAAAAAGUUGCUCUUAAAGUGAUUGAUAGAGCAGCAAUGAUGAACACAAACUCUCUUCAAUAUAUAGAAGCCGAGCUCCGCUUAUCCACUCGCUUCAACCACCCGUCAAUUGUGAAGAUUUAUGACGUUUUCUAUCUUCCUCAGUAUAUUGUUAUUGCCAUGGAGUACCUUCCAAAUAACAACCUUAUUUCCCAUAUUGUCGAUGGAGUUUUCUUCACCUAUCAGGAGAAGAUCGAACUCUUGACAAAAGUCCUUGAAGGAAUGGAAUACCUCCACUCCAAGAACAUCGCACAUAGAGACAUCAAACCAGAAAACAUCUUAUUCGAUGCAAAUUUCCAACCAAAGCUCAUCGACUUUGGCUUAUCCUGCGAAAAUGCAGAUGCGAUGACAACAUUUUGCGGAACAGUUCAAUAUAUGUCCCCAGAGAUGAUCAGAAACAAUAGCUAUAACGCUUUAAAGGCCGAUAUCUGGGCUUUUGGAGUCACAGCACAUCUUUUUAUCACUAAGGAAUUCCCAUGGAUGUUCACAAGCGACGCAAAGCACAUCGAUAAUAUCAAGACAGGCAAACUCCAGUUAAACAACAUCUGCGGAUCAAACAUCGGCAAGAUCAUCGAAAAGUGUCUUGAGUUCGAUCCAGAAAAGCGUCCAACAGCUAGAGAACUCCUCCAGAUGUUCAAUUCAUCCGAAUGCUUGAAGACAAGAGCAAGAAAUGCCCUCAGUGAUAAGAUCAUUGUUCCGAAACUUACUCCACAAAGAUUCCAGAUCAAGACACACAGUGAGGGUCGCAUAAGUUCUAAUGGCUUCUCUCACUCACACCCAACAUUUCGUGUUAGAUCAGCUCCGGCGUUUUAA